UCUUUUGUUUUGUUCUAGUGUUGUUUUGUUUGUUGAAGAGUACAGACGAAAUAAGAAAAAUGCACUUACCUCUUUGAUACCAGUUUUCAAAUUGACAGUAUGAGUCACUGAGGAGGUUUAAAAAGAGACGUGUUAAUGAUGGUACUUCUAAGCAUGUAAUGUGAUUUGAUCAUGUUUGAUCUUCGUUCCCACCAUCAAAGUCCACCGAACCUAACCUAUCUCUCUGGAUGUCAUUCUGUGCUAUUAGUCACAACAAGAAAAUGUAAACACAGAGCAGCGUCAUUAUGUCAUGUGCUGCUCUGUCCCGACUUGAGUCAUAUUUCAUGUACAGAUUGCAUUCAUUUUCUACCAUGAUUGCACUGUAGCGUUCUAUACAUGUUAAACUGAAAAUUUGUGGAGGUGCCUAGAGAUUGGUACCUGUUGGGUCGUUCGGGUGAAUCCAGUCCAGACCAGGAAACUCGCAAGUUCACAAUGAUACCACUGCCUCAACUGCUAGAUGGCUUAAGCAGAGGGCGCCUUGAAGUUCUGCAAAAUGCAUUCACAUUACACAGGAAAGCUUUCAGAUCUGAAUUUGUACGGUACUUAACUGGUGGAGUGACAACCCUUGCCGAAGAACAUGUGGCUAGAAUGGCAAUAUUGUUUGAAACUAUUUUCAAUCACCUAAAAAAAUGUGAUAAGUCAUCAUCCUUUGGGCGCAAUGUGUUGAACCUUACAGUAGACCACAUCAAUGGACUAAUUUUUGAGUUGGAAGGUGUCAAAUUAGCUGCUAACUCUAUAUCAAUCCAGCAGAAGAAUGCAGUUUUAGAGUUGCUUAAUUUUAAUUUUAAUCUCCUGAAAAAUUUGAGUGAAGAAGUUUUCAUUCCACUUCAGUCUCUUCCAACUAAAGGUCAAAUUGGUCAAAUUGGACGAGUACAUUUGAAUCCUACGUCUAGUUUUUUAAUGAAUCAUUUAUCAUCAAAGACUGAUGAAGAAGUUGUUCAGCAUGCUUUGCUCAAUUUUGAUUCAUUAGUAUGUGCCAAAGAGCUCCUGUUAUCACGCGGACAAUCUGCUUCUCAAGUAAAUGAAUUUGUUCAAUGUGUAGCUGAUGCUUAUAUCAAUGAACUCUUAAGAAAAAGACAGAUGGAAAUUGCAAAGGAUGUAAUUUACAACACCAACAGAGAUGUAUGGCCAUUUCUGAAAAAUAUGUGUUUGAAUACAGUUGACUCUAACAUCAGGGAUUACCUAGCAUUUGAAUUGAAUUCUAUUGGUCUCUUAGAACCUACAGAGGUCGAUAUCUGGAAAUUUCUCAUUCUUAUCGAGGGGGUCAUUAAGGAAACUGAGUUUGCUAUCAGAAUAUCCAAAGGAAGUUUCCAAGUAGACACAUUAGUUGAUGGAGAAAAACAACUUGAACUUUCCAUGUCUACCAUGUUGACUUCAUUACCACACCUAGCUAAUGCAAAGACAUCUCUAUUGAUUGAGCUUUACUUUAAAACAUCAAAUGGAACACUGGAGCCAAUGCUAAACAAGGCUGAUUGUUGGACUUAUUUAUUGUGUAGAAAUCAAACAGAUGUCCUUAUUAAGUGGAUACAUGCUGCCUGCUCUGAACAUUUAGAGUCCCAGCAAGAUAGGCUGACUACAUUUUUAUCAUCUUGGAGUUUGUCUCAAGAUAUGAUUGACGAGAUCCAAAAUUGUGCAUGUUCUGUCAGUACUCAAGAAAUUCUUUUAGACUACUUGAGCAAGUAUGGACUCUACACCAAUCUGGAAUCCCAAAGUGUUCAAAAAGUUCUGCUCAGGGCUAUUCGCACCAGUCAAAUUUUUCAUAUGUCGGAUCAAAAUAUUCGAGAAGUAUUUGUCAAUUUUUGUCUCAGUCAUAAUAUUCCUGAUUUAUUAGUAUCCUGUGACAUUACAACAGAAAAUCAAACCUCUCCUUGGUUAGAACUUUACUCAAAAUGUAAAAUCUUAAAGGAAAAUCCUAUCUCUAAAAAAGCACUUUGUGAUUGUGUUAAGUAUUGUGCCAACUAUCUUAAUCUGUCAGAGUCCCAGCAAUGGAUAUCUUUGUCCUGUUUUCUUAUGGCGGAUAACUUAUUUGGUGACAAUCAUGAUAUGUUAACUCAAUAUCCACACCUUAAACUUCUUUUGACUAAACAAAUGGACAGGUCUCACCCAAAAGAUUUAUCUCUCCCAUCUCUCUUAAGGCAGAGAUUUUCUUCAACAUCCAACCAUUCCAUUCUUAAACAUCAGUCUUUAUCCAGCAUGUUUAAAGAUGAAUCAGAAAUAACUGAGAUUGACUUUUCUCAUGAGCCUACAAUUAGUAUGUAUGGCCAUAAGGAAACUUUAGACUAUAAAUAUUAUUUAAAGCAAGGAAGACCAUGCCAUGCAUCAAUGCUAAUUCAAUCUGAUAUUAUUAAAAACUUUGGAAGGCCAUCUCGCAAAUUGUUAAAAAGACCUGUUUUGUUUGCCCAUGAACUGGCCUACCAAAAUGCCAACAAUCAAUUGAUAACUGCUUCAUGCAUUGCCUUUUUGGAAAUGCUGGGAGAAUCAUCACAAUCCUUACGCACACAUUUGGCAGUAAUGAAACAAAUCAUUUCAUUUCUAGUUAUCAACCAAAACUGUGAUGACACUUUCGAGGUACCAUUGCACCUCACAAUGUCUGAAGAAAAAGCUCUGCAUCCUCAAGAAAUGUAUGAACUUCUUCAAAACAGUUUGCCAUUGGAUAUUUAUAAGCAAGGACUUGCUGUUCAAUUCGCAGUCUUACACAAUUUGCCUCUUCCCAGAAAAUUCUUAGAAUACUGCGGACAGAAAAAUGAUUGGAUGAAUUAUCUCUUAUUCUGCCAAAUCUAUUGUUACCCACCAGAAACAGUUAAAUCUUUUGCUAAGAAUUUUCAGUCAGUGGCACUGACUGAACACUUCAGCUCUUUCUUAUUAUCUAAAAGUUCAAAACUCUCCAUUGAUUCUACACGACAAAGAAGUGGUGGUCGCCUCUCAACAGCUGAUGUUCCGUGUUUAAAGGAUCUGGCCCAACUACCUAGCACAGAGCAAGGAUCAGUCACAAUACCAAGUAUUUUACUGAACUCUUGUACCAAAGACAGUCUGUUUGGAGUCUUAUUGGCUGCUCACAAUUGUGCUGACCCGGGAGAAGCUUUGCUGCACACAUGUGUAGAAUUUCCUUGUCCAGUGCUGGCUCUGUUGGCAGACUUUUAUCAGGUGAAUGCGGAGGCUCAAUUGGUAGCUUGGUUAGCUAGCUGGUUUCCCAAAGAAGAGAGGGUCAAUUUUGAGUGUUGGCCUAAAACUGAGCCAUGGCCCACAGACAUGGUGGAACUAGUCAUAUUGCAAUCAUUGGAAAUUUCAUGUUCCAAUCUCCUCACUGGAUUUCAAAUUUUUAUGCCUGAGCACCCUUUGGUACUUGUGAUAGAUUUAAUGGAUGGACUCUUCAGGCAAAAUCAAACCCUCGAUCAUAAGCCUCUCAUUGUUUUUAAAGAUUCGUGCUCUACUUUAGGAGACAGAGAUGAGCAAUGGUCUUUAAGCAAUGCAAAUUUUGUCUCUGACAUUGGACUUAAAGUAUUAAUUAAGUCACUGGAGUGCCUCCCAUUUCUCACCCAGAAAAUACGCUUACUGAAAAUUAUUGCCUCAGUUGAUAUUUCUCUUCCCUCAGGAUUUGACUGCUCCAAACUGUUGGCUAUCUUGAAUAUCCUAGAACCCCUAGAAGUGGAUUUUGAUGUAAAACAGUACUUCAGAGAUAGUGCUGCCGAAAUUCAAAAAUGUACAGAAAAACUUAUAAGUUUGCAGCUUUUUGAAGAGGCUACAGCUCUGAGUGGAAAUUCUUUCAUAAUUGAAGAGCAAACUUAUAAAUUUAAAAAAAGGAUGAAUAGCAGAUAUCCAGACAUAAAAGGAUUUUGCAAAGAUUGUAGUUCCUCUUUUGACCAUUGGAAUGUUGACCCGUAUACAGCAUUUACCUUUUUCCAAAGUUGCGCCUCAAACCUAAAAAAGAAUGAAGACAGGUGGAGAGCACUGUAUCAUGCCACAAUAUGGCUGAAGCGCUCACUCUCAAACAAUCCUCACAUUGAAAGAUCAGACCUAGUAGAUGAAAUAGAACUAAAGAUGUGGCAGUGUUGUUUCUGUGAUAACAACGAAUUAGUUUUUCAUGUUUUGGCGGAGGAACUUCAAAACUCAUCUCUAAGCUCCCUUUGCACUAAAAAAUUAGCAAGAAGCUUCAAAUUUUCCGAUGAUUUUCACAAAUGUAAUAGAGUAUGCAAGAAACGUCAGUGUCCAACUGAACUGUUGAAUUGCUUACUUGAUAUUGGUGAUAUAGUAUCAGCAAGCCGUGUGCAAUAUUUCUUCCAGUCAAACCAUAAGGAUCUUGAAAUACUUGAAUCAUGCAUAAACCUUGCUGAGGAAAAUAUUAGUGAACAAAACAUUCCUAGAAAGUGGGCAAAAGUUUUUGGAUUGAGUUCUGAUAAUGAUGGCUCUGAAAGUAAUUUUUCAGACUUGAAAGAAGAGACACAAGAGCAACAAUUUUCUUCAGAAACACUAGAAAAUAUGAAGUACUCCUCAACUAGAACUAAAAUUCUGUCUGUGAUUCAAAUACUUGGCAAACAUUUGCAUCAUGGAAAAGAAAUUGGAAAACAGUUAGUUGCAUGUUAUAGAUUAGCUAUCAACUUGGGAUUAUCUUACAGUGAUGUCAUUGCUGUAGAUGACCCUUUGAAACUAUUAAGGAGUCCAGUUUUUCAUAACAUUGGAGACUAUUCAAUCGCCGCCGAUACUAUGGUUGCUUUAAGAAUGUCCUCUAGUGAGCGCUCUAAAUUUCUCAGCCGUGAAAUCAUAGCAGCAAUAAGUAAAGGACCAGCGCCUGGUAGCGCAAAAGUGUUUCUUUUGUGGGGCUAUGACCUUGAACAACACUUCCGUCAUGUAUUGGAUCUAGUUCCGGACCCGUCCCUCCUGGGUAACGAACUCAUGAUAAUGGUUUCCAAAUUGGCCAUCCUAGAUAAAAACACUCCUAAAGCAGUUUUGAGCACAGCAGUUGAGUUACUGGUCCGAGCACAUGACUGCUAUGCAGCUGCCUGCCACAUGGAGGGAAUAGCUCAGGUCUUGCGCACUGUGAGCAGCUUUGCACCUGUCCUCAAGUCACGCUCAGAAUGGGCUUUGAUGGUUCGUCUUCUGACAGGCAUUCAGCGUUAUACAGAGAUGAAUUAUAUUUUCAAGAUUUUGAAAGAAAAUGAUCAUUUUGAAUUCUUGCUUCGAAAGGAUUCUGUAAAGCCUUUAAGCUUCAAAUUAGCUUUACUAGAUUGGCUUCGACGGGAGUGCCCUAAUGAUAUAGCACUCUUGAAAAUGACUGCUGCUCAUUUUGCAAUGCAUGAACAAGAAGCUGCACUGUGGCAAAAAGAGGGAAACGACUGCAUUCAUCAACUAGUAGAUAACAAUGGAUUGCAAAACAACCAAAAAACCAAAAUAGGUUUGCAAACUGCGAUGCAAGAUUUCAGUCAUGCCGCUGAGUGUUACCUGCAAGCAGACAUGCUUAACCAUGCUAUGACAUGUGCUCACCAAGCUGAACUUAUGGCUUUGCAAAUUUAUUUGUUGUCAUCCACAUCAGAUGGAGCCACACUAAGAGUCAUUAUGCUUGACUCCAAGAGCAUAGCCAAGCUUAUCGUAUCAACCCUAAGUUUUAACCAAGCACUUAUUGUCGCAAGGGCGUACAACCACCGCCCUGAUUGGGCUGCUGCUUUGUUUUACCAUUGUAUUUCUCCUGGAUUAUCUGCCGAGGAAUACUUUACUACUUGGUCAUCAUGCAUGGAACUGACUCCAUCAAUAGUUCAAAGCAUAGCUUACAGACUGCAGCGCACAACUGCAGUUACCCGCGAAAUGACUGCCAACAUGAAAUGGCUACUUGGACAUGUGAAAGAUAUGGAUGUCCGUUAUAAGAUUGCCAGUGAACUUGGGCUUAAGGAAAUGGUUGAGUCCCUUCUCAAUGCCCCAGAAGUAGCCUAUUUAAAGGAUACUGUGUGGCAGAGUGGUUUCAAAAGACAGUAAUAAGUGUGUUGUCAAGAAUUUAUAUUUUAGAUAU